AUGAUACUGUAUCAAAAUAAAGAAAUAUUUGUUAGUAUAUUCAUAUAUUUUGUCGUCAAAAUUUUGUGUAAAGUCGUUUCAAAGUAUCGUUCAUCAAUGUGUAAUAAGCAACCAACGUUAACGAGUAUACCAGAAAAGAAUGAGCUCAUUGACGAGGUUGUGAAAUGGGUACCCAAAAAGAAACAUGAAGUUCUAAAAGCUAAAUACAAAUGUUUAAAAAAAUUAUUUCAAAUUUACGACGCCAGCGUCAUUGGACUGCUGCCUGAGAGUUAUACUGUAGACGAUCAAUAUGAACAAGUUAAUGAACAAGGAACCUAUAGGAGGAAGAGGUCUAGAAGAACAAAAACCGAUGCGUGUGCUGGUACAACUGAAAUUUCUAGCGGCGAUGUAUCAGAACAAUAUGGUAUAGACAGGUCUGUACCAGAAUCUGUGAUAAAAGACCUCAACUUCAACGAAUACUCUUCAUCAGAUUUGAACAAGUCUAAAGUAUCGAUGUCCAAAAUAAAAGACGAAUCGACCCAAGAUUCCAAGGAGAAUCUUUCUAUCAACGACAGAGAAUAUGACUAUACCCCAAAUCCACAUCGAGUUCCGCAUUUGGUGAUAAGCGAGAAAAGAAAAUUGUCUCGCUUUCAGAGCUUCAUCCAUCGAAUUCUGGGGAUAAGGAGACAACGUAAUUAUACUUAUGUGUUAUCAACAGACCGUACUUAUGCGGCUAGCGAUAAUAACAUAACGAAUAGAUACGAGAAGAGAAAAAGGCGAGGUCUUCGUUUCAGGAGACAUAGACGUCCCAAGAAAAUACAAUCAGAAAUAGCUUUAACUGACGCUAAGAGUCCAGUUAUCCUAUCUUAUGUUCAAUCCCUACAACGGAACUGUUUGAUGGACACAACAGCCCGACAAUGUCCUAUAGUUGGGUGCAAAAUGAUUUCUUACGGAAUAAUCAAUUACAACGAUCACCUCAAUAUCUGUCAUUUUUCGGAUAGAAAAUUUAUUUGCAUUUAUUGCCACGAGGGCUUCAAUAAGGAGCACGAUAAAAUUGUUCACGAGAAUGAACACAUCGGCAUCAGUAAAUUGAACAUACCGUCUACGCCCUCGACAGCCAGGUUUUCUACAAAAAUCGCAAGCAACACUCAGACGGACCCUGAAUUAACGAAAGCGGAGGUUCCGGAGGAUAAAUUAAAGAAGAUUGUUUCGUUCUUCGACAAGCUGUCUGACCCGGAUCAAAUUGUCGCUGAAAUAAAGAAGAAACGAUUUUCUGAAUCUCAGCUGGAAACUCUUCAUCGCAACCCGACGAUUGAUUCCGACGGGUCCAAAAGUGAUAUGAGUUCAAAUCAGAAAUCUGAUUCUGAUAAAGUUAUGUCCAGUUGCGUGAAUUUGCAACCAAAAACUCUGAGUAAAUUGACCACAUCUUUGGACUCUGAAGUAACUUCGAAUAUUGUUCCUCUAUCACCUGUUAGGUGCCAAUUUUGCGGAGAAAAUUUUGACUUUAGGCGUCAGCUCAGUCUCCACAUCGAGCUUGAACAUCGGUUAUAUGACAAAUUCUCCAAAUUUCACAGCUGCGCUGGUAUAAUUAACCAUGAAAACAGAAAGGUCCGUGAAACCUCCAACGAUACCCUCGCCCGUGCUUCUUCCACGGGUACAGAAGUUUCUCGAAGCAAGUCCAACGAAACUCUAAGCUGUGACCCGUCUACCAACAUUGUUUAUUACACUUCCAUGGAAUCUAUUCAUAAAAAACCGUCUCUUGUUAAUAGUAUUGUCAAAAAAGUCCGCAGUGGCUUCAUGUACAAAUGGGAGCCCGGGACGAAGAUAAUUCGUGUGUAG